CAGACGAUCUUCGGAGUGCACCGGCGCUCUGCUCUUCUCUCAGCUGACAUAAGCUACAAACCAGGACCGCCGCAGCUGUCAGGCGUAUAUUUAUCCCCUCACCGGCCGGCGUUACUGCUUUUACUGCACUCUCUUCACUUCAGAUAUAACUUAUUUGAAUUUGUUCGCUUGUUUUUAUUUAUUCAUUUAUUUUUUGCGGGAUGUUAACAUGUUUUGAUUCACCGUGCAAGCGAUGAACGAAACGAGAGUAGAAGGGACCGGACCGACACCGGCGAAGGUUCUGUUGACUUCGGGCUGCCAAGCCCCUUUUGUCGGGCAGGUUGGAGGAUGGAGCUGAGGUUAAGCCGGGAUGGCAAGCCGUCCGUGUCCUGGUUCCUCCUCAGCCCUGCCCUUUUCUUCUCCCUUCUGGCCGUGCUAGUGAGCUGUCACGGUUCCUGCAAACACCGAGUCCCUUCUCCCAACGAGAUUGUCCACCAUGUUUACUUGAAGCCUGAGCGUUUGACUAAGAGAAGCUCGCCUGAAGACCUUCAGCUGAAAAUAAAGAUCAUCUAUGACAGCAGCGUUGACCAACUUACUGCAGACAAAAGGAGACUUGUGAAGGAUAAGCUGUUUCCUCAGGCCAUCGCUUACCUGCAGAGGGCUUUCAGUGUCAGGCGCAGAGUGGGGCCUGUACUGCUCAGCAGACAAUGUGCAACCAACCAGUACAUGAGGAAGAGAGAUGACCCUCAUCGCUACUGCCAGGACGCCUGUGCAAAUGUCACACGAUGUGGGCCCAUUACUGUACCACAGCACCACCUGCAGCAAUGCAAGGUGUGCAGUGAGUCUGGGAAGUCAUGUGGCCCUACAGGGCCCCCAGAUGGGCCUGGAGUCGAAGGGUCCGAUUUUGUGCUGUAUGUCAGCGGCGUCACCACAGAACGCUGUGGGCAGGAGAACAUAGUGGCUUAUGCUGCUUACUGCCAGCUGGAGGCGGAGCUCGACAGACCUAUAGCAGGCUACGCCAACCUGUGCCCUGCUAUGAUCUCCUCUCAGCCUCAGGAGUUUGAAGGGAUGCUCUCCACAGUCAAACAUGAAAUCAUCCACGCUCUGGGAUUUUCAGCCGGUCUGUUUGCCUUCUACCACGAUGAUGAGGGCAAACCUCUGACUCCUCGCUUCGCAAGCGGCCUGCCCGCCUUCAACGAGAGUCUGGGUCUGUACCAGUGGAGCGAUGCCGUUAUCAGAAGAGUCACCAGACUGUGGGACAUCAGAGGAGGCGUGAUGGUCCGACACCAAGUGCAUGUCCUUGUCACUCCUCGUGUUGUGGAGGAGGCGAGGAGACAUUUUAAUUGCCCCAUCCUGGAGGGGAUGGAGCUGGAGAACCAAGGAGGGACAGGAACCGAACUAAACCAUUGGGAAAAGAGACUCUUAGAGAAUGAGGCAAUGACGGGCUCCCACACUCAGAACCGAGUGUUUUCUCGGCUGACGCUGGCCAUCAUGGAGGACAGCGGCUGGUACCGCGCCAACUACAGCCUGGCUCAGAGGCUGGACUGGGGUCGUGGUCUCGGCUGCGACUUUGUUAUGAAGAGCUGCAAAUUCUGGAUGGACAAGCAGAGACAGAGAAGACACGCUGUAACUCCGUACUGUGACACAGUGCGAGCCUCUCCUCUGCAGCUCACCUGCAGACAGGAUCAGCUGGCUGUGGCUGUGUGCAACCUGCAAAAAUACCCACAAGAACUGCCACUUGAGUACCAGUAUUUCGAGCGGAUCCCUGACGUGGCUUCUGAUCAGCUGUCGUUCUUUGGGGGUGCUGUGGAGAUCGCUGACUACUGUCCCUUUAGUCAGGAGUUCAGCUGGCACCUCAGUGGAGAAUACCAGAGAAACUCCUACUGCAGAGUGUCUGAGAACCAGCCAGACUGGUGGAGGAAUUAUGGAGCAGAGCAGUAUGGACUAGACUCUGUGUGUCUGUACCAGAAAUCAGCCUUUGUGAUGGAGCAAUGCACUCGGAAGAUGACGUACCCUGACUGGGGCUCCGGAUGCUACAAGGUGUCGUGCUCAGCUCAGGGCCUCACGGUGUUCGUUCAGGAUCGUUCCUUCCUCUGUGUCCGUAAAGGUCAGCUGCUGAGCAUCAGCGUACGCGUUAACGAGUGGGUUUACAACGGUGUCCUCAUCUGCCCCGCCUGCACCGACUUCUGUGAUGACUGCCCCCUACCCUACCAGCUCCCACCCAUCAACACCUCCAGGAGCAACCCAAUUGAUCCAUGCUCCAGUUCUCCAGGUUUGGCCACCACUCUGUGGCUCCUGCUGCUCAACCUGCUUCCUCUAGUGGCUGGACUGCUGCUCUGCCACUGCAGCUGAUAAAACACACACACACACACACGCCAGGGUAGCUGAACAGUCCUCUAUACCAUAGUCACUUGAGGACUUGGACUGCAGCUGGUUUUCCUCUUUGUUUUAUUCAUUACUUCCUUCUUCCUUUCCUCCCCACUUCCGUUCCUUUCUUUGCCAUUUCUCAGCCUAUUUUCUCCUUUUGUUCUGUGACUGCAUCCUCACGCAUCUCUCACCACAGUCAGGUAUCCUUUUGCUGGAGGUCCAUUCAGUUAUCUGUCACCGGGUUUACAUGCACUUAAGUAAUCAGGUUAUAGCCAGCUUUCAUUUAAACAAGAUUUAUCUGACUGACACACACACAGAGACAAAACUCUGUCAGAUAUCAACAUGGAAAGCAGCUAUGUGGCAGCUAAUACUGUUAUUUGUGGACGAAUUAUUGGCAAAAAGAACAAGUUGGAUCGACAGGGACCAUUUUUAUGGCAGAGCAAUGGAACAUGAAAAAUAAGCAGUGUAAUUUUUCCUUUUCAGUGAGGCAGGGAUUACUCACAUUACAUAUACUCAGAAUGCACUAAUACCUCUUUUUUAUUAUCAAGACCAUGAUACAUAUAUGUACUUACAACACACCUAUUAUUACCACUUUAUCAUUAUUAUUUAUUAUUAUUAUUAUUAUUAAUAAUAACAAACUCUUCAAAACACAAGUCUCGCAUGAUAGAAAUAAGUUUUUGUAUGUAAAAAAAAAAAAAAAAAAAAAAAAAAAAAAAAAAGCCAAAUAUUUUCAGAUUUUAGCAUCUUUUAUUCAAAGAUCUGCUUAUUUUUCAUGUUGUCACACACAGGGUUUAGUGCAAAACGAGACAUUUGAUCAGUAUGUUUUAUAUACUAGUCGAUUAAUAAACAGUGAUUUAAGAUUAUUUUAGGAUUAAGAAUUUUAAAGUUAUUUUAUAAUGAAUCAUUUAUGUGAUUUGAAAUAAAAUUUGUCAGCCCUUUUAUAAUAAUUGACCAGUUGUUGCUACAGCUAGCUAUUCAGAUGGUCAGCUGACAUAUCAAAAGUUGUAAGAGUGUAAUAUUGUUUUGUGUACACUUUAAAUUGUAUCCACAGAUUUUUUUUAAGCACGUCAUUGAAUGUUUAAGUAACCAGGUUACUGUAUAUAUGUUUAAUAUGUUAUCUGAUUUCUGCUGGAACCAGGUUGCUUGCAGUGAUUUGGUUACUUAAGUGCAUGAAAAUGGUUAAUUCACUUCAGCAUGUAGAGUAUCUGCAGCAUCAUUCCUCCAUACAAAACACAUUUUAGUUCUGGACGCUUGUUUAUUUUCAGAUAGAUUCACUCUGGUUUCUUCUUAAAUUUCACAUCUUUACUUCAGCUUUGGGAUCAUCGUACUUCAUCAGAUUCCUUUUUCUUUACACUGUUGUGAUAAAAGCGGGACGUCUGUAUUUUUUUAGCUGAUCUCUUCUGGUUCAAACUUAUUUCAAGAUUGUGACAAACUGACUGUCGAUCAACAAAACCACAAUGGUGCAAACUACCUGCAAACUUCUUCCUCUGAAACAACAUGAGGCUCUGUGCAGUUUGCUGACCUCUGGUGGCAGCAGAAGGUAACUGUUCAAAGUUUUUUAAGCUUACAGGAUCUUUUAUGCUGAAAACUCUUUCUGUAAAUAAAAAUAUGAGACCGGACAGGAAUAUGGUGGAAGGACUUCCCCUGCCACCUCCUGACACGUCACUUGAGCUUAAAUUCAUUACCUCAUUUUCUUCUAAGAGUCAUUUUAUCCUUAUUUAAGAUAUGUAGCUGUUCAGAUGUAGGUAUGGAUCUUUGUUGGAGUGCAGAUUGAUAAUGUUGAUGAUUGUUGCUCUCUACAUGACGAGCUCAAGCGUUUGCAGUCGAGGCCUUUGCUUUCUGCAAGUAGAAGUUUUGCUGAUGACGAUGCUGUACAUUCACUUUACUAGAAUUAUUUUCCAACCUCACAAAUGUAUAGGAAUUUAUUUGUUGUAAAAGUCAAAUGAAUUAUGCGUUGUUUUGUUUUUUUUGAUAAUCAGUCAACUGAGAUUAACAUUUUAACAACUCAGAUUGUCAAGCCUGCUGCUGCUGCAGCCACUUAGAGCUAAUAGAGAGGUUGGAGAUUAAAUGGUUGAAGGUCUUUACUGAGAAGUAAAAUCCAAAAAAAUGUUUCCCACAGGUUUCAUUUCAUUGUGUGUCCUCAGCAGGGCCAAAACCCAGCAACGUUUCCACAAAUGAGUCCACUGACAUUUCAAAAGCACAAAGCUCUCAAAUUUCCUUCUGAAUUCAAAACCAAGACUGGAUUUGUCCUUGUUCCAUUGGUCUUAAAAAUACGUGACUGCUUAUUUCUGUUAAUUAUUGGCCAAAACAAGCCAAAUGGCCUGUUUACAGUUCCCGGCUUAGGUGGUGAUGCAAUGAGCUAAACUAAGAUGGAACUGGCUGGAAUCCAGUGGUGCUUAAUAUCAUGAAGCCUGUAAUGGAAACACUUUUACUGUUUAAAUUCAGAUUAUAAUGUUUGGCUCUUUGUUUCUGUAAUGACGGGCACUCUUUCGCUCAGCAGUUCAUACAUUUGUUGGAUUAGUGAUUGUUUUCAGUUUAUGGCCCAGAGUGAGAAGGGCUCCUACAUUUGUGGUUCAUUUAAACUCUUUUGCAUGAGCCAACUGAGAACAACCUCUGAAGCCACAAUAGCAAUGCUUUAGGAAAAAAGUGUGAGUUUCUGUUUGUUUGUUUUUUGUGGUGGAGAGUGAAUGAAUGUCUGAAAUAAUGAUACGCUCCUUCUUUUCCGAUAAAUCUGCAAUGUUUUGCUCUUAUUUAUGCAAAAACAAACAAAGACACAAAUUUAUUAACAAACUUCAAUUUUCAAUUCAAUUCAAUUUUAUUUAUAUAGCGCCAAAUCACAACAAAGUCGCCUCAAGGCGCUUUAUA